UGCCUUUAACUCCACAAAAGUAGUUGGGCCACUGGCCUCGAGGCGUCGCCUGUGGUCCAUAAUAAAACACAUCCCAAGGGCGCAAACGCGAAGGGUUUUUAUCUUUAUCUAUAAUUUUAUAUAACUAUGGCCGUGCUUAUGAGAAGCCGAAAGUAAACAAAGAAGUUUGUGAAGUCUUUACUCAAAAAAAAAUCACCAAUACCUUAGCCUUUAGGGAACUGUGGCCAACGUCGUCUUCAAGUCAGAGUUGUUGUUUACAUUUUUACGUAUACAUGGAAGGUUUUGAUGCCAUAUACUACGAAGAAGAGGUAGAAAAUAACGAGGAAACGGAACCAGCUGAUGUAUCGCUGGUACCCGAUCCUGUUAUCAUAAGAGGUGCUGGUAACAUGACAGUAUUUGGUUUAAGCAAUAGAUUUAGCACUGAAUUUCCCAGCGGGUUAGUGUCGAGAGUGGCACCUGAGGAAUUUAAAGAAACUGUCAUGAGGAUAAAUGGUAUUUUAAAAAAGACUUUACCUGUCAAUGUUAAAUGGUUAUUUUGUGGUUGUUUAUGUUGCUGCUGUACAUUAGGUUGUUCUUUAUGGCCUGUUAUUUGCCUUAGUAAACGUACACAACAUUCCUUGAAUAAAUUACUGGAAUGGGAAAAUAGCUAUUUAUAUAACAAAUUGGGAUUACACUGGCGUUUAAGCAAGCAACAAUGUGACUCUUCCUCCAUGAUGGAAUAUGUGAUUUUAAUAGAAUUUUUGCCAAAAGUCCCCAUAUAUCGGCCGGACUAGCACAGCCUACAUAUCAUAAUCUUUGGUUGAAAUUUUAAACUGAAUCUCUUUUACUCUGUAAAUAAUGAUAUAUGUGAUAAUAGACAUAUUAUAUAAAAUGUGUGUUACUUUUGGGGAGAACACCAUAGUUUUUGUACUUCUGUUUAAAUUGUACAGUUCACUAGAAUAGUUUAACUUUAAUGGAUUGUGUAAAGCUAAAUGCAUUUAUUCAUCUAUUUGAAUAUGUAGUAUUAAUUUUUUUCCUGUUAUUUAGUGCAAUUAAUCAUGUUAUCUUUAAGCAAUUUCGCAGUAAUAUAAGUAGUUAUUAAUUGAUAUUGUUAUUAUAUGUUUGUACCAAGUUGCUGCAUUGUUUUGUAAACUUUUUUCAUUAGUUGUUAACAUUAUUGCCCAAUCAGCUAUUUUUAGUGAGAAGUUAA